CUCUUCCGGACCAGUUGUGUGACUUUUGUUCAAUAACUAGUUAUUAGUCCGACCGCUUAUCAAGCCGGGUCCAAUCGUGAUCCUGCCGCUGCUCGGUAAUCCUACUAUCGCCGACGGACAUCCUUGAUAAACCAGGGACUCCCCGGACGGCAGCUCGUCCACUCCGUCCGUCUGUCUCCACGAAAGUUGGAAAGUGUGGGUUACACCACCCCCUCUCUCACAAUGGGUUCCAAGCUUGAUUUAGAGUCAUCGCGCGUAUACCUGACAAACACGUCGGGAGCAGACCAGAAGCCGCGGUCUUUGGCACGCAACAUGGGACGUGUGCUUCUGAGUCUUCUUCUUGCGUGUAUGUUGGUCGGUAUGACGACUUUUCGCCGAUGCCGCGGCCCACUCUCCCUGGAAGAAAGAGUAGACAAAAUCUUGUCAGAGACGCCAUUGAUAGACGGCCAUGAUGAUCUGCCUAUUCUUAUCCGCGAGGCUUUCCACAAUCAUAUUUACAGCGACGAGUUCAAGAUCCCCUUCACGGAGGGGGGUCUGAUAGGCCAUGUCGAUCUGCCCCGACUCGCCGAGGGCAAAGUGGGCGGCACCUUCUGGAGCGUCUAUGUGGAGUGUCCCAAAAACUGGAGCGACUUGUCCGACGCAACCUAUGCCACAAGUGUCCGUCAAACGACCGAACAGGUAGAUGUUAUGUUGCGCCUGCAGCAGGCCUAUCCUGAUGUCUUUUCUGCGCCCCCCAAUGGCACUACAGCCCUUCGGGCCUUUAAAGAGGGAAAGAUCAUCUCCCCACUGGGCAUGGAAGGUCUUCAUUCCAUCGGAAACUCUUUGGCCCAGUUGCGGGCCUUUUAUGAUCGCGGCGUAGCAUAUGCCACUCUCACCCAUAAUUGUCACAAUCGCUAUGCGGAUGCGGCGCUCGUCGAGAUUCCCGGGGGUAUUAAGAAAGCAGACCCUCUUUGGCACGGUGUGAGCAAGGCGGGUAAGGAUCUUGUCUUCGAGAUGAACCGACUUGGUAUGAUUGUCGACUUGUCCCACGUCAGUGUCGAUACGAUGCGGGACGUCCUGGGAGCUGGCAAAGAUGACUGGGCCGGCAGUCGCGCGCCGGUGAUGUUCAGUCACAGCUCCGCGUACGCAGUUUGUCCCCAUCCCCGCAAUGUCCCAGACGAUGUCUUGCAACUGGUCAAAGAACGGAACUCCAUUGUGAUGAUCAACUUUUCUCCCGACUUCGUCUCGUGUACUGCUUCAGACAAUCCGAACAGCCUGCCGGAGUUUGAUCCGGAGCACGCAACUCUCGAGCAUGUGGUAGACCACAUUAUUCAUAUCGGCAACCUGAUCGGAUUCGAUUAUGUCGGGCUGGGGAGUGAUUUCGACGGCAUUCCCACUGUUCCGCGCGGGCUCGACGAUGUGUCUAAAUAUCCUGACUUGAUUGCCGAGCUGUUGAGACGAGGAGUCAGUGACGAGGAUGCGAGCAAAGUCGCCGGAGGUAACUUACUGCGGGUGUGGAAGGAAGUCGACCAGGUUGCGCGCCAGUUACAGGCUGGGGGGGCACUUCCAGUGGAAGAUGAGUUGUAGUGCUGGAGAUUCCACCUUCUGAAGACCAUGUCCAUAACUAUGCU